AUGGGUAAAGUUAGAGGUAGAAGAGCUCAAAAAGAGCAGAAAUUGAAAGAGGCUCAAGCUGAACAUGAAAGUGAAGUCAAGAUCUAUGACGAAAGUCCUUCAGUAUCUGAAAAUAAAAUAGAUCAAGAGGCUGUAAAGGAACCAAAUACUUUUUUUGGUCUUGUUGAUACUACUGAAUUAGAUUAUUUCAAACAAGCUGAAGCUACAUUGAAUGCCAAUGCUUUCGAAUCAGAAGCUGAUAAAGCCGGGUUUGUUGCUAGUGUCUUGGAGGAAAGUAAAGGGAAAGAAUUAAAAUUAGUUACAAACCAAAUUUGUUCUAAAUUAGUGGAAAGAUUGAUUUUGAAUUGUACUGAUGAUCAAUUGAAACAGUUAUUUAAAGCUUUUAAUGGUCAUUUCUUGUCAUUAAUUUAUCACAAAUAUUCAUCCCAUUGUGUGGAGACAUUAUUAGUGAGGACUGCUGCAUUAAUUGAAAAAGAAUUGUUGAAUCCAACUUCAAAUUAUACAAAUGAUGAUGAAUAUGUUUCCAUGGAAAAUUUAUUUUUAUUUUUCUUGAAUGAAAUCAAACCAAACUUAAAAGAUAUGAUCAUUCAUCAAUAUGCAUCACAUACAUUAAGAUUAAUAAUAUUGAUCAUUGCAGGGAAAGAAUUACCAUCUACUACAGUGUCAAAUUCAACUUUACGUAGUAAGAAGAGUAAAAUUGCAAGAAAGAUGAUUGAAAUCAAAGAUAAUCAAGAUUUUGAUAAAGCAUUUCAAAUCCCAUCAUCUUUUAAAGAUGAGUUGAAAAAUUUAUUGGAUUCUAUAAGAUCUAAAUUGGAUCAAAGAACUGCUAGAGAAUAUGCUAUUCAUAAAGUUGCGUCACCUGUCUUACAAUUAUUAAUUCAAGUUGAAGGUAUUGUUGAUAGAGAUAGACAAUUUUGGCAUUUAGUGUUUUUAAAAGAUGAUGAGGAAAAAAACUCUUCAGAAGAAUCAUUUGUUGAAUAUUUAUUAUCAGAUCCUGUUGGUUCACAUUUUUUUGAAAAUACUAUUAAGGAUCAAAGAUUAAAAUAUGUUGAAAGGUUAUAUAAACUCUACAUGAGUGAACGAAUUUUGAAAUUAGCUAAAAGAGAUACAACAGGAAGUUAUGUUGUUCAAAUUUUAUUGAAAAAAUUGAAACAAAAUGAAGUAAGACAAAUCUUGGAUCAAUUAAUCCCAGAAAUGAGUAUAUUGAUGAAUAGUAAUUUAGAAAUGGGUAAAUCAAUUAUUGACGCAUCAACUUUACACAAAGAUUAUAAAAAACCAGUCAUUAUUGAAGAAUUGGUGAAGAAAUAUACACCUAAUGAAGAAUCAGAUAUUUUGGAAACAGUUUUACAAUUAUCAACUUCAACAUUAGGAAACACAAGAGAUGAUUGGCCAACUGCUGAAGAAAGAAGAAGAGCUUUAUUUUUAGAGAAAUUGAUGGAGUAUGAUUCAAGUUUUUUAAAUUUAACAGUUGAUAAUUUACUAUCAUUACCAAAAGAAAGAUUAAUUCAAAUGUGUUUGCAUGGUGUUUUUUCACAUGUUGUUGAAGAUGUUUUGAAGCCAGAAGAUGUUGAAAUCAUCAAGAGAAGAAGAUUGUUAAAUCAAUUUGUUGGUUCAAUUGUUGAAUUAUCUUGUAAUGCUUAUGGUUCACAUAUUGUUGAUAAAUUAUGGGAUUUCACUUUAAAAUUGAAUAAUUAUAAAGAAAGAAUUGCUCAAGAAUUGAUUGGUGAAAAGGAAAAAGUUAAAGAAAGUACAUAUGGUAGACAAGUUUGGAAGAAUUGGUCAAUGGAAUUAUUUGUUAGAAAAAGACAUGAUUGGACUUUUAAAGUUAAAGAACAAGAGUAUGAAAAAUUCCCACCAAAGAAACCAGAAUUACCAGCAGCUAAAUCAGAUAAUCAAUUUAAUGGGAAAAGAAAAUCUGAAGGUCAAGAAGAACCAUUCCAAAAGAAACAAAAAGUUAGAGGUCGUAAUCGUAAAUAG